GCGUUCCAGAAGCUCAAGAGCCAGAAUGAGCGGUAUCACUCUUUGCUGAAAAAGGUUGCAGAGAGGGCUGGUUGUAUUGUGGAGGAUAUUGACCAGGUGCUAGGACCUGAUGCGAAGAAAAGGAAACGUUCCCCCGGCCAUGGCCGCAAAGAAGGCUUCUCCUCAGUCUCGUCAGCAGGGCCUUUAGACGCCCUAGAUGUUGUCGACGAAGACAUCAACAUGUCAAAUGAUACGCAUUUCAUCGAGCUCAGCAAUUGCUCUUGGAAUCAACAUGCACAAUGUGGAUGACAAGACCGACGCCGUAUCCAGAGAGUCCCAGUACCGUCUUUGGUGUUCAAUAUCCAUGCUCGAGCAUUCCCUCACGACUAUGACCGGCAGGGCCUCAAGCUUGGAUGAAUCGUUCUCUGUACAUGCGCCUAUCCCGUUCACUGAAGGCUCGUUCUCAGACAGUCCCGCGUCUUCUUCUUUUAGUAAUGAAUCGGAGCGCGAGAAGAUCGCAAACUGAACUUUAUUCGAAACCGAGCUACAGACAAAAAGCCGGACUCUGCGACUCCAGUUUAUCAAACCAAAACCGUCACUCUACUUUGCCU